AUGUCAGAAGAAUCAGACCCCUUUGAAUGCCGCUUGACAUUUUUAGCUCUGCUAAAGAAAGUGAGUGCCUCACAACAAUCUAUACACAAGGUUGCAAUCUAUGCCAUGCGACACAAAAAUCUAUGUGAGGAUCUCUACAACUGCCUCAUUGAACAACUUGAACAGGCGUCGCUAAACGCUAGGUUAAAUAUAAUAUAUGUACUGGAUGCCAUAUUCUCGGCGAGCCAAAAGUCAAGAUACUCGGGCUAUAUUGAUUUGACACGGCCUGAUCUGCCAAGAAUUGUACAUGCCGUCGUCGCUAACGGACCAAAGGGGGUAUUGAAUGUGCCAAAUACACAAAUGAUUAUAAAUAAUUGGAAACGCAAGCAGUAUUUCGAAGCAAGUGUAUUGGAAGAAGCCGAAAAGCCCUUGAUAGAAUGCGCUGCAAGCUCAAACCACACACAAGCAAUUACUACCGACUCGUUUUCCAAGGAAGACAUUCUUCGCAGAAUGGAGGAGGACAGAGAAAGGCAUAAACGAUUAAGAGAGGAAAUCUGGAUACGACCUGCAGAAGAGAGUCAAGACGCAGAAUUUGAAGAGUUUUGGAAUACAACAGAAACACUAGACCCCGAGUCCGAUUAUGAGGUGAUGAUGGUUCAAAACAUGCUACGUCUUCCCAACUAUGCUUGGAAUGCAAUGCUUGAUCAAAGAUCAGCCAUGUCACAGUAA